AUGUGGCUACUUAAGCAUAAAUAUAAGUCUAAUGGUUACCUUGAAAGGCACAAUGCUCGUCUUGUGUGUGAUGGCAGGUCGCAGGAAAUAAGCGUGGAUUGUGAUGAGACGUUUAGUCCGGUAGUUAAAUCGGCCACUAUUCGUACUGUUCUUAGUUUAGCUAUGGCUAAAAAGUGGUCGAUACAUCAAUUUGAUGUCAAAAAUGCCUUUUUACAUGGUGAUUUGCAGGAAACUGUUUAUAUGCAUCAACCUUCGGGCUUGUUGAUCGGAGGGCUCCUAAUCAUGUUGGGUGCAGGAAUUAUAUCUCAGUUGCAAACUGAGUUCUCUAUGACUGACUUGGGUCCUUUGAGUUAUUUUCUAGGGAUUGCGGUGACCCGUUCUCCCUCUUAUUUGCUACUUUCACAGGAAAAGUAUGCACAUGAGAUCUUAGAGCAUAUUUGCAGUUUAGCAAGUGCUCUUCAGUACCUCACUUUCACCAGGCCAGAUAUUGCCUAUGCGGUACAACAGGUGUGUCUUUUCAUGCAUGAUCCCCGGGAACUUCACUAUGAGGCAUUGAAACGCAUUCUGCGGUAUGUACAGGGUAUCAUUGAUCACGGUUUACAUUUAUAUCAUACUGCUUCUCAUUGA